GAGUGAGUACAAACAAACGACGAGUAUCGUCGUAUUCACUUGUCAGUGCUCCCAAUGGUUUUCCUGAUUUAGAACUUACUGGAACCGCUGGAGCACAUCUUGGUACCGCGGAAUCUAACAGUAACUGGGAAUGGUGUUUUUUCUGUCUGAAUUGUGCAAUUUCGGAACAGACGUUAAUAUUCACCUCAUCCUCAGAAUUCCAGUUUGGCUAAUGGAGAUUGGAGAGUAGUUUGUGCACACUGAUGGACUACGCUACGAGUUUUUUCUCUUAAUGUUGUUAAAUUUCAAGAACGGACGGCAGUGAUAAGAUGAAGUCGGCUGGAUCGCGUUGUUUCGAUUGCACUGUUGUGCACAAUGUGCAGAUAAUGCAGAUUGACAAAUCAGUUUUCGUAACGUCGUCUUACGAAAUACCACCUGGUCUGUUUAUCAGAAUUACGGAGCAUGUAAAUAUGGAGAACGAAUUACUGGAGACUGAGCAGUCGUAUUAUUCUAAACCCUGUCUGAAAGACUGCGUUGUAAUUGACAUUAUGGAGGAAACUGCUUGCGGUGUGAAGGACUUAUCCGAUUCGGGAAUCGGACAGUCGUCCGUGCAUUCCCACCUGACGCCUGACUCGCCACCGGCAGAUUUGGAUUCUCUACAAACGAUCACCUUGCUGCCAUCAUUACUAGAAUUUCGAGACCAACUCCUCGAGGAAUUCGGGAGAUUCUGUUUAGACAAUGUGACCACGCAGGCAGACGCCGGCGUUCAGUGGCCUGCGGCAUCGAAGAUGGAAAGCUGGAUCAGUGGUCUGGUAGCCAAAUCGGCGCAACUUGAAGACAAUACUUCCGGAAAAGCGGCUGUUGAUAGUUUUUUGAAUGAUCUAUUGUUGUUUGCUGUGCGGAACGGUCCUGAUUCCCUUCUGACUGCUUUGCUCAACUUGGGUUUAGUCCUCCCCGGACAGCAGUUGACGAAUAACUUCACCGCCCUGCAGACUGCGGCGUUAUGGAGGAAUAAAUCUGCGCUGGUGCAGUUCGGCCAUACAGAACCGGAAGCGAUGAUUGAGGGCUUUAUUGAAGGCUUGCAUCUGGAUUACUGCCGUGCCAGCAGUCCGCUGGAUAGUACCGUACUCGAGCACGACGACACGACGGUCAUUCUUAAACCGUUUUAUUACGACGUUCCAUUUACACUGCAGCUGGUCACCGUACUGCUUCGACUGAAGGCGAUGGGUGCCGAUGUACAGCUGUGGAAUUCUUUACUCUUUUCGGCCGUCAAGAAUGGACAGAGCACAUUGUGUGAAUUGUUGAUUGUGGUCUUCGGAGGCGAUGUUAACUACUGCGAGGACAUCUCCCAGCGGACGCCGCUCCAUGUGGCUGCCGCCCGGGGCCAUUUUUCCGUGUUCAGACUGCUGCUGCAACACAAUGCUAAUCCCAAUGCCGUUGCAGCGGACAACAGUUUGCCGGAAGAGCUAUGUCGCGGAUCACUUCGGCACCGCUUUAAGGAAGAGCUAAUGCCACUUCGAUGGGGGCGGUAUCAAACUAUAAAAAGCGCUGCGGUUGCUAGUAAUUUACUUCACUCUACAGUUUCCGCGUAUGAUCUGACGGUCACUUUUGGCGAAGAAGGGCCUCUGAUUUUCUGGAUUUUGGACCAACCCGGAAGCGAGGCAUUAUUGAAAGAUGCGCUGAAAAUUUCCCAUAUGCCACUUAAUAUUCAACAUCCGCAAAAUGGACAAUCGUUGUUAAUAAGAGCAGUGGUUCAGAAGAAGAUGAUUCUACUUGAAGCUUUGUUAGAAAGUGGAAUAUGCACGUCGUUACGGGACUUUUCAGGAAGGUCAGCGCUCGACUACGCUGUACAGGACGAUAAAUUAGAAAUAGUCCAGACCAUGAUGAAAUAUCGUAUUUGUUGGACAGGACUGCAGCAAGCGAUCCAGGAAGCCAAAUCGGCCAGUGUGUCCGAUAUAUUACGAAUUACUUCCAAGAAACGGCAGUCGCAAGUCGUGCGGCCGGCAGUUUUUGCGGCUGCAGCCGGCGAAAGUCAUUCCUUGACCGUUCUCGAACCAGGAGACGACAUCAACAUUCUCAACUCCCGUGAAGAAAGCCCGGUCUUUUUAGCGGCCGGAAAUGGUCAGCUGAAAGCCUUGCAAGUUUUUGUUGAAUAUGGAGGCGAUGUAACUAAACGCCAUCGUCCAACCAUGGACACUGUCCUGCAUGCUGCUGCUCGUGGGGGACACGCUGAUAUCAUUGCUUUUGUCGUGCAGCUGAUCUGUAAGGAGAAAAGAACAAUUUGUUUGAAUGCCUUGAAUUGUUACGAACAGACGCCAGUAUACUUGGCCGCCGAAGGGGGACAUGCGGACGCGUUGAAGAUGCUGUUGUCGCUGGGUGCCAGUUGUUGCGGUUAUUUUCGAGACGGGAUCCUCUUGCAUUCACGAUAUGAAUCCGUACAAGCCGUUCUGGAUGCCCAUAGAUUACCCCGACAGAUCGCCAUUUUCCGAUCGAUUGAGAAAAGCGAUUUGAAAACUCUGAAAGCAAUGUGGCAGUCGCAGUUCGACCAUUACUUUCGUGAUCAUAUCGGUGAUACGCCCUUGAUGGUAGCAGCACAGUCUGGUAACCUGAAGAUUUUGGAUUUCCUUCUGGAGAGCGCGGAACAAGAAUGCCGGCCUUUUGAUGCGGAAUCGAAGUCUGUUCAAGUGGAUAAAGGAUUGGACAUAGUUAACAUUGCUCAAGCAGAGUAUCAAAAUGUUGGCGAUGUUAAAACUAUGCAGGACGCGAGUCGAAGCGGUCGUCAGAACGCAUUCCAGUACAUCUCCGGUAACACUGAGACCACGAAUACUGACUGUGUAUUAACGAUUUUUCGUGACAACUACACCAUAAAUCACGUCUCAGCGAUAAAUGUUGUGGACGGGUGUUGUGCGGUACACCGGGCCAUCGAAGUGGGCGACAAUGUUUCCGUUGUACGGUUGCUGAUAAAAAAAGAUCCAUUUUGUGCAAAUAUCCAGGAGCACAAUGGUUUCACCCCAUUGCAUUUGGCAGUUGUUUUGCGGAGAAAAAGUAUAAUCAAGUAUCUCCUACAAGUACCGGAAGUCGAUCUUUACGCAACUGACCUUCUGGGACGGUUGCCGGAAGAGCUGGCUUGGAGUGAGUCCAUCCUGGGCCGCGUAAUGAAAACACGGACGGAGAUGUCGACGUCCUGGACGUACAUGUGUGAUCAACAAAUACCGCUGAGUACGGCGGACGGCCUGUCAAGUUGGACACGGAGAUUCCGCAGUGUCGGCUCGGGAUAUUCGGACCACGCCAGUGGGUCGGAUUUGGAGCAUAACUGCAGCCGCUUCGUGGGUAAUACGUCGGCUAGUCAAGAUGGUGUUCAGGAGUAUCUGGACAGGAAACUGGAGGAUCGGUCCAGAAAGCAUCAAAUGGAAAGAGACGUCUAUGAAUCUUAUGGAAAUUAUGACUAUCCAUUACGGAUCGGAUUUUUUUAAGUUUUAAUUACUAGAAAUUGUAGUUACUGUACUCGUAAAUUUUAUGGAAUUGAUAAUUUUUUGGUAAAACGACUCAUUUAUUUCUUAAUAAUGAACUGAACAAUAUUAUUUGAGAAAACGCGUUUUGCAAAUUGCAGAUGAAAAUCAUAAUACACCAUUACAAAACUAACUGGUCAGAGUGUGCGACACUGCGACCAAUAUAAUACUUAUCGUUAUAAUACUUAUACUUGCCCUUGUACCUACCUAAUGGUAUGUCUGAUUGAUAUCUAUACUUCGAAGUGCCGGAAUACAGAAUGAAAUUAUACCUUAGAACUAUAACACCGCAAAAAUGGAAUAAAAAUAAAUUUUAUUCUGCAUAUAACUGGACAAAUAUUUCAUCAAAACGGUAACGUAAUAUGAAAUUAAAAAAAAAACUUCUGAUAAGGAUUA